CAAAACAAAAUUUUACAUAAAUAUAAAAAAUAAUUGUUUAUUUAAUAAAAAAAAGUAAAGACACUAAAUAAAUAAAUGAAUAAAUAUACUUUAUAGUUUGUAAACAAAUCUUUGGAAGAAUAAUAUUUUAAUAAAGUUGCUUUUCCUUUUUAUAAUACCAUAUUCUCAGCUUGGUGCAAAGUGUUACUACUGAUUUCUCUACCUUGUUCUCUAUUUACUUAUUUUACUGGAAAUUUAUAAUAUUUGGGAUUCAUUUGGUGUAUAGUUACAUCAUCUUCAAGCUUGUUGAUAGUAAGAUAUUAUAAAAACUCAUUCAAUAUAGUAACAGCAGUAUACAAUGCGGGGUUUGUUGUCCUAAAUAUAGGUUUUAUAUUGAUUACCAACAAAAAUAUAGGAGCAUAAGGCUAACAAAACAACAUGAUGUUUAUAUUCGCAGGUUCGCAAUACAUGUUCCACUUUAUUUUAUCGAUUGGAAGUAAUUUUUUGCUCACAUCUGCAGUAAUAUUUUUUCAAAAUUUCUCCUACUCAGCCGUAUUUUUUCCAGGAUAGCUAAAUUCUUUCCAUGGGCUAUUAUUCUUUUCGAUGUGCUUUUUAAUAUGGAUGAAAUAUACAAAUGAAAAGUACUAGAGAGAGGUUUUUAUUCUACAGGAAAAUGAGAAAGAGUGGAGUUAAUUUGUACGCGAUGUAUUACCUUCAAGUGUUAUAAUGGUUAAAUAUGAUACUGCUAAUGACUAAAUUUAAAAUAAACUUGUAAACAGGGUAGCCUAAACAGACUAUGAUAUCAAAGAUGACCAAAGCUUGACUUAGUUUUUAAGAAAUACUACAAUUUAGAAAGACAGUCUAAAUAAUAAUUAAAGUACUACUUCUGUAACUAGAAUAAGUGUAUUGAAAAAUUCUAAUCAAACAAAGAAUAAAAGAUUUUCUUUCUAAAAUGGAUUUUCAGAUACUUUGGAGAGAUUCAUUUACUAUCGCUUUAAGACUAUGAUUUAAAAAAGUACAAUUUUGAAAUCAAAUAAUAGGUCUCAAACACCAACAACGAAAUUAUUUAACAUAAGUGAAGAAAACUCGUAAUAAAUUGAUCAAUCUAAUACGUUGUAACCAAAUGAUCUUAAAUAAGCUAAAGAUUCUUGCAAUUUAACUGGAGUGAAUUUUACAUGUAGUAGGUAAAAAGAUUAUUCACCCACAGAUUAAUCAAAUAAUAAUAAAGAAAAUGAUGGCUUAAAUUUUUAAAAACUUAAUAAAAGAUAAUCUUUUUUUAAUAAAUCCCCAAAUUCCAAAUCCAAUAAGGAAAAAAAGGAAAUUAAAUAAAAAUAACAAGAGAAAGAAGAAGAAGAUUAAUAAAAAAAAGAAAAAUACAAUGUUGAAGAAUUUAAAGCCUUUAUUAUGAAAAAUAAUGUAAAGUAAGAGGUAUUAGUCAAAAUCGUAUUUUAUUAUACUAGUUAGCCAGUAUGCUCAAUAAGUAUUGACGAAGGUUUAAAAUAAUAAGUAGUAAAUAUUAGUAGGUAAUCUAAGAUUAAAGAAAAUCUAUACUUAGAGCAUUUCCUCAGAAUUGCUCAAAAGUUCUAAUCAGUUAUUUCAUGUAAAAAUCCUGUACUUUUUUAAGCAUUCAGUUUUCUGCACUUAAAUCAUUUAAGAAAUCUAUAAGAUCUAAUAUCGCUUAAAUAAGACCUUAAGCUGAAAGCGAAAUACAUUCCAUUUUAGUUUAACAAUCUUCUCAAAUACAUUUCCUCUAUUUUUUCACCUAUUUUUAGCUCUGAAGGUAUUUAAUUUUCCAUAUUAAUUGGCUAGUAAAAAAAUAAAUAAAAUGAAUGUUUAUCACCAAAUUAAUAAGAUUUUUUGUAGUUCCCUUCAGACAUUAUCUCAGGCAAAUUAAAUCUUUUUUCAUGUUCGAAUAUAAAUGAAAAGCAAAAUAACAGCGAGCUCCCUAAAAAAUCUUUGAUUUUAUCAGAAAAUUAAAAUCCUAUCACAAAUGAUAGUGGAUACAACAAAUUUGAAGAUUUCAAGGGUGUUAUUGAAACUUAUAAUGACUAGUAAAGAAUAAACUAAGUCAUUAUCAAUUUAUUAGAGAACGCUUUAGAGUUUUUAAAAAAAUCAAAACCAACCCAAAAAUAUGUACAGCUUAAAAUUGAUUUAAUAUAGGGAAGUGAUGAAUAAUCAAAUCUUAUUUAAAUCAAAGUGAUCAACAGCACAGAGCUAAAUUACUCCAAGCAAGAACUUUUCCUUGUCAAAGAUUCCCUUAGAGUUGAAAGAGACUUAAAUAACCCAAAUUACUUAUGGCAGUCUUAAACCUCAUUAAAGCCAACCUAACUUGGUUUAAAAGUAAACUAAAAGAUACUUGAUAAAACAUCGCCAUAUAAUUAUAUGGACAUUAAUUGUUAUGAAGAAUAGGUCGAAUUUUCAUUUUUUAUAUAUCAGAACAGCAGUAUUCUAUUAUAAAAAACCUAAUUUACAAACAAAAUAUUUGAUCAAAUAAGAAACAACUAAAUUGAGUAAAGCUACAUGCCAUCUUCUAAUAAUUUUAAUCCUCAGUUAUAGUAAUAUUAGGAUGCUGACUAGUCCACUAUCGCUUGUGUUAUGGAGUAAAAAAUGUAAUAACAAGUCUCAUCUGUAGUUUAAAUUCUACAAUAAUCAGUAUAGCAAGAUUAAAACCCAAACAGCAAUAUAUAUGAUGAAUCAUCUUAAAACAACUUUUAGUAACAUUUUUCUCAUUUAGAUUGUUCUCAAGAAUAAAAUAGUUAAAUCAGUAAUAUAGUUUUAAAAUUUCAACCUAAACAAAUGCUUGAUUUAAAUAAAAAGUAAUAAGCCAAAAAAAUAGGUUAAAAUGAAUGA